AAGGCUUCCUCGCGGUCGUCUCGCGUUGUGUAGCGGUGGAAUCUGCACUACUAAUCCCAUGCGACAUCUAAAAAGCAUGUGCCGUUUAAAAACCGAGUUUCCUUUUCAAAACAUUCGUUUGUCUCAGCAGAUUGUCGGCUUUUGUCUGCAUUGGUAAUGAGGGUUUAAACCAAGCACAAGCAUCAUGGAUGAGGACAGUAAACCGUUACUAGGAUCAGUGCAAGCUGGGGAGUAUUACACCGAUUCACUGGACCCCAAGCAAAGAAGGCCGUUUCAUGUGGAGCCCAGGAACAUAGUGGGAGAUGACCCUCAGGAGCGGGUGUCCGCUGAAGCUGCGGCGCUGAGCAGCAGAGUUCAUUACUACGGCCGUCUGACAGCCUCUUCAGACCCACUGCUGGUACCUCCAGAUCAUGUGAUUCCUUCUCCUGAGGACAUCUAUAUCUACAGUCCACUGGGAACAGCGUUCAAAGUGCGUGGGGGCGACAGUACUGCCAAAAACCCCAGCAUUGUCACAAUCUUCGCCAUAUGGAACACCAUGAUGGGAACAUCUAUAUUAAGUAUGCCAUGGGGCAUAAAACAAGCUGGCUUCACUCUGGGCAUCAUCAUUAUUGUUCUUAUGGGUCUGCUGACGCUCUACUGCUGCUACAGAGUAUUAAAGUCCACAAAGUCCAUACCAUAUGUAGACACCUCAGACUGGGAGUUUCCUGAUGUGUGUAAAUAUUACUUUGGUGGAUUCGGAAAAUGGUCGAGUCUUGUCUUCUCACUGGUGUCACUGAUCGGUGCGAUGGUGGUCUACUGGGUCCUCAUGUCCAACUUCCUGUUUAAUACAGGAAAAUUCAUUUACAACUAUGUUCACAAUGUCAGCUCAUCAGAUGCUUUUGGCACAAAUGGAACAGAUAGAGUGAUAUGUCCAUAUCCAAACUUGGAUCCGGACGGAGACAGCAGCACUCUCCAGUACUAUGUGAGUGAGAACGGCACAGGACCGGUGUUUGAUCGCUGGUGGAGUAAAACACACACCAUCCCGUUUUACCUCAUUAUUCUGCUGCUGCCGCUGCUCAAUUUCCGCUCCGCUUCCUUCUUCGCCAGGUUCACCUUCCUCGGCACCUUGUCGGUGGUUUAUCUCAUCUUUUUGGUCACAUAUAAAGCCAUUCGACUGGGCUUUCACCUGGACUUCCACUGGUUCGAUUCAUCAACGUUUUUUCUUCCAGAGUUCAGAUCGCUGUUUCCUCAGCUGAGUGGGGUUCUCACACUAGCAUUUUUCAUUCACAACUGCAUCAUCACGCUUAUGAAGAACAACAAACAUCAGGAAAACAACGUGCGGGAUCUGUCGCUGGCGUACCUGCUGGUGGGGUUAACGUACCUGUAUGUGGGCGUGCUGAUCUUUGCUGCUUUCCCAUCACCACCGCUGUCUAAGGACUGCAUUGAACCAAACUUUCUGGAUAACUUCCCCAGCAGCGACGUCCUGGUGUUUGUAGCCAGGACUGGUCUUCUGUUCCAGAUGACCACCGUGUAUCCUCUGCUGGGGUACCUGGUGCGCGUGCAGCUCAUGGGGCAGCUCUUUGGGGACCAUUAUCCAGGUUUCCUUCAUGUGUUUAUUCUGAACAUCGUUGUUGUGGGAACUGGAGUCCUAAUGGCCAGGUUUUACCCCAACAUCGGCUCCAUCAGCAGGUAUUCGGGGGCCAUAUGUGGCUUGGCUCUGGUGUUUGUGCUUCCCUCUCUGAUCCACAUGGUCUCCCUGAAACGCAGAGGCGAGUUACGCUGGCCCUCCGCCGUCUUCCACAGCUUCCUCGUCCUCCUCGGCGUGGCCAAUCUGUUCGGCCAGUUCUUCAUGUAGCACGCUGUGCCUCAAAUGAACCGCACACACCUGUGUUUACCUGAUGGAAGAGGAACUCGGCGAGUUGGGAACGCUUCUCACAGGAAUACAAACAAUACUAAUCAAGCACACAUGGAUUUCAUUACAAAAACUCACUCAAAGGCAAUCAUUUUUUACAUUUUAAAAGGGUUUAAUUAAAGCUAUGCAUUUAUCAUAUUGCUUUUAACAGCUCUUAUUAAGCUAAA